AUGACCUUCAAGCUCACCGUCGGCCUCUUGGCUCUUAGCCUUGCCCUUCCCCUCGCCAUCAUCGAUGGUGUCGAGGCUGGAAUGGCCACCCGAUACUGGGAUUGCUGCAAACCAAGCGCUUCGUGGGGAAAAAAAGCUCCAGUUUACGCCCCGGUCGACAUUUGCAAGGCUGACGGUGUCACCUUGAUCGAAUCUUCGACCGCCGACUCUGGACAGAGUGGUUGCAACGGAGGUGACCAGUACAUGUGCAACUGCAUGCAGCCCUUCAACGACAACACCGACCCCACUCUGGCAUACGGCUUUGCUGCCUUCACUGCGGGCAACGAGGAGGCCACCGACUGUGCCUGUUACCUCGCCGAGUUCGCCCACGAUGGAUCGGGCAAGGCGAUGAAGCGCAACAAGCUUCUGUUCCAGGUGACCAACACUGGUGGCGACGUCAACAGCGGCAACAUUGACUUCCAGAUCCCCGGUGGUGGACUGGGUGCCUUCACUCAGGGCUGCCCUGCGCAGUGGAAGACCCCUGCUUCGCAGUGGGGUGAGACUUACGGUGGUGUCAAGGCUGCCGACCAGUGCUCGGGUCUCCCUAAGGAGCUCCAGGAGGGAUGCAAAUGGCGCUUCUCCGAGUGGGGCGACAACCCGGUUCUCUCGGGCGCGCCCAAGCGCGUCAGGUGCCCUAAAGCGCUCAUCGACAGGUCCGGUUGCCAGAGGAAGGACGACAACGCCAUUGGAGCCUACCAGGGCAAGACCGAUGCUGGCGGUAAGCCUGCUGAGAGCGGCUACAAGCGUAACCGCAGCGUCUGCCUCGGCGGCGCUUCCAGCAGCAGCAGCAGCAGCAGCAGCAGCGGAAGCCAGCCUGAGGGCUACGGUGCCGGCUCCAACGGCAACGCUCCUCAGGGCAACGCUCCUCAGGGAAACUCUCCUCAAGGCAACGCUCCUCAGGGCGACGCUCCUCAGGGAAACGCUACUCCCGGCUCCGACAUUCCUCCUCCUAGCGGCAACGGCGAUGCUCAGAACGCGCCUGCUGACCAGGGUGCCCCCGCCCCCGCCCCCGAAGGCUACGGCAACAGCCCCAACGCUCCUGCUGCCGGCGCUGCUGGCGCUGCUGGAGCUGCGAACGGUGCUCAGAGGCACAAGCGGCACAAGCAGCACAAGAAGCCCCAGGCCGCUGAGCAGUGCGAUGCGCCCAACUAG